CAAAAAAAAAACAUCAUACGAAAUAGAAGAUCAUGGCGUCUGCUUGUAGGAUCGGACGGCUGCUUAGCAGCCAAACAGCUGUAUUUCUUUGUGAUAUGCAGGAGAAAUUUCGCCCAACUAUUCAGUAUUUUCCUCAGAUUAUUACUGUUGCAUCAAGAGUUCUGAAUGCUGCUAAGUCUUUGGACAUGCCAGUUGUUGUUACUGAACAGUAUCCCAAAGGUCUUGGACCAUCUGUUCCUGAACUAGGAUUACAAAACUAUCCUGACCUAAAGCCAAUUGCCAAGACCCAAUUCUCUAUGAUGACCUCAGAAGUAGAAUCAUUUCUGAAGUCUCAAAAACAAGAAAUAAAAUCUGUUGUUUUGUGUGGAAUAGAAACCCAUGUGUGUGUCCAAGGCACUGCACUGGCUUUGCUGGAGAAAGGUUUUGAUGUGCAUGUUGUGGUUGAUGCUUGUUCUUCUCGAAGUAUGGUUGAUAGAAUGUUUGGCUUUGAGAGGAUUAAAGCUAGUGGAGCAUGGCUAACUACAAGUGAAAGUGUAAUCCUGGGGCUGGUUGGAGAUGCUGCCCAUCCCAAGUUUAAGGAGGUGCAGAAAAUUAUAUGGGACUCUGCUCCUGAUACAGGUUUGCUAACACCAUUGCCUGGAAAGAAAGAGUACUAAUACAUUUGGAUAUAUCUAAUGUAUCCUCUAAAAUGUAGUAUUCUAAUUUGAUUUUCAGUGCUUCAUUAAUUAGAAUUAAAAAAUUUGUUAUUCCUAUGUGCUAGUUUGUGUAGGAAUUUUUAUAUGUUAGUUUGUAUUAUUCAAAUUUUAAAGUUUUAAGUGUUGUGUAACAAACAAUAUUUGGAAGUUCCAUGAGCAGGUGCUGCUUUUGUAACACUAAGAAUAGAAAAAAAGUGAAUUAAAACUUGGGGAAGUUAUAAAAUUACAAAGUAUGUCUUAGAAACAUCUAUACAAAUACUUUAAAAAGAAUGUCUUUCUCUUUUAAACCAUCCCAAGAGUAAAAACAAUCCUAUGUAUGUGAAAAAAAUUCAUUAAACACUGUGCUUAAGCAUGAAAAAAAUUGUAAAGUCUGAUUAAAGGUUUAAUUAAAUUGAUAUUUUAACUACAUAUGGAUAUAACCUUAUUUCUUUUGUAUUUUAUUUCAAUGAACACUUAUUAUAGGGUGUUACAACCAUUUUUAAUCUCAAGACAUCAAAAUUCAAAUUCAUAAGUAAGUUAAAAAAAAACGUUUUGCAGUUGUGCAGACUAGUUUUUUAUCAACUCAGUCCUUGAUAAAAUUGGUCAAUGAUAGCAGUAAUUCUAUGAGUCUUAAUAUGUUAGACAUUUUACUAAGGUUUUUUGAAAUGAUGUUGCAGAAAGAUGUAAAAUAUGAGUAAAGUUCAGUGUAUGUAGGUCUUUCAUAUACUUCUGUAUAAAGUUGUUUGUGCUUAUUUUGAACUAGGGUAUCUGAAAAUCGUACAACUGAAUUUUUUUGGUGUUCACAUGUAAGCCUGUUACCAUUUUUUAUGGUUUGUAUAAUUGACAAACUGUAACAAAUAUUCUUCAUUUUUUAACACUAUGAAUAUAUUGGCAACGUAAUGAUUAUAUACAAAGGAACUAAUCUGCAUAGGAUACUCACUUCUUCUCAUAAGAAUACAUAAACACAUUAGCAUGCAUCAAAGGAGACAAAUUCAUGUUUACCCCCAUUUAGUUGCUCUUACAGCUCCUUUAAAGCUAGUAGGAGAUUUUUUUAGUGGCAAUUCCCUUCAGUGUAGUAUGUGUUGUCCUAAAAGUGAAAAAUUACAAAUUGAUAUUCAAUGUUUUGUAAUCCUUUAAAGAAGAAAUAUAAAGAGUCUUGAUUUUUGUAAUUCAGGAAUGGUCCUAUCUAUGUCUUGAAACAACAUAUCUUUUUUAUUUAAGAAGUUAGCUGUCUAGAUGAAUAAACUUCACUAUUAUAUAACAACCUUAAAGUGAUAAAGAUGAAAGCAGUUGACAAAACACAAAACAUUUUUACUUACAGAGGUUAGAACUUUUUGUAAUACACUUAUACCAUCUUCAGCAAAAUCUGAAAAUAAUGUUACAAUGAUAUUUAUUACCUAAUGCUAUAAUAUCACCAAUCAUUAAUACACUUAGAUAUUCAGUAAAGUGGUAAACAGAAGGAAAACAGAUUGUAGAAUAUGUUACAAACAUAUUAUGAAUUACAAGUUGCAUAAGACAAUUAUAACCAUUUUUAACAAACAGCUGAGUUUUAAGUGGGUAAAUUUAGAAUAAUUUUAGGUUUAAAGAGGUUUGUAAGUUGAUAAUAGUAAAGCAGACUUUAGCUGUGAAUAAACUUUCUAUAAUGUAGAGUAAAAGGCCUGAAGAUCCUGUAGCAAUGAUAGAGAAAUUGUUAAAUGAAAUAUUGUGAACUCUGGUUUAAACAUACAAAGGAAUAGAUGAGUGGCAGUGUUUAAUCUAGUUCUGUUUCAUACUCCUAAAUGUUCACAGACAUUAGUUUUCAAGUGGUACUUUGUUUUACCAAUUUAUAUGACCUUACAGUCACUACACGUGUAUUUAUACAUGAGCCAUAAAUCUAGAAGUUUAGGUUUUCAAUCUUUAUAUUGAAAUAAGUGUUUAAUGCAGAGGCUAAGUAUCCUGUAUAUAAAAAUCUUUUUUGUGUUUUGUCAACCAUCUUUAUUUUUAGACUUCACGAGUCCUUUGCUACCAUAUAACUUUCAUAAAAAGGUUUAUCGUAUAAGUUUUCAGGCAGCUUACUGCUUACCUUCAGAUUCAAAAUCACAAAAUAGAUUGAAAAUUCAUAAUACCUCUGAUUGCUAAUAAAGGUUCUUCUGCACCUUUUUUUUUUUAAGUCAGAAUCAUAAAUUCAUUCUACAUGCAUUUCUUAUAACCUUGAACAUGAGAAAGACAUCACAUUCCUUAUACUUAUUGAACAACACAUGAACCUAAACUUACUAUAUUCUUUAAAAUAUGUUAGGUGUCUAAAACUGUUGAAAUAAUGUGUGAAGUAACUUGAUUGUGCAAAUACUAUAUCAUUUGAUAUAUGAAAUGAAAUAAUUGAGUGCAAUUUUUUUUUUACAUUGUGCUAUUUCUGGAACGGAAUACAAAUAAUAAAAUAAGAGCAAGUUCACAGGGCACUGAAUAUUUUUAUGUUCAUUUUUAGUGUGACAGAGUGAAAAUCAAAUGUAUUUCAUAUGUAUUGCAUAUAAAUUUCUAAAAUCCAGUUACAGAAAUAUUGUAAUAUGUGGAAAUGUGCAAGUAGAAGCUUGCAAAAAUUAAAAAAAAAGUUUAUAUGUAUAAUGUAUAGUUAGAAACUCCCUACCAUGACAAUUACAUUAUAAAAUAAAAUGUCAUAUAUUGCUCAAUUAACUACAUGUUAGGGACACUUAUGUUUCUUUACAUGAAAAUGUGUAAUUUUGUUGUUGUUAUAGAGGUUGCCUUAUUAUUACUUGCAUAAUUAAGAAAUAAUGGUUGCUUGAUGUAUUGGUAGUUAUGAUAUAUUUUAACUUCUGCCAUAUUUUAUGUAAUAAUAAUGCAAAUUUUGAAAAUACAA